ACUGUGUUUAUAUUAAAAUUUUAUCUCAAGUGGGUGUGUGAGGUUUGUAAAUGUACAAAUGUGUUUUCGGUUACCAAGGCUAAAAUAUGUUGAAAGCUUUGAUUUAUAGCACAAAAUCUGAAUCAUUUUACAAUCUAUGUAAAAAAACUAUAGUCACAACACAAUACACUCUGACUACAUCGCAAUAAAGGACAUGUACAGACAGUGUUUAGUUACCUGUCAUGCAGGUUUUACUGGUUUAUGAGGUUACACAAUUUGUUUUGCAUAUGUUCUCCAAAAUGGUGUGUUGUUUUAUUGAUUAAUGGUCUGGCACGCACAAUUCUUUUGUAUCAAUAUUAAGGUUGUUUGGAUGGAUGGACUAUUUUGCUAACAUGCCUUCUUUCCCAUUUUUACCAUGUCACAUUAUAAUCAAUAAACAGGACACGACUGACAAAUUCUCUAAAUUUAAAAGUGACAGCAACAAUUUAAAUUAUUCAUUUAAAAUACAAUCUUACAAAGAUUCACAUUUCUCAACUGUUAUGCAUAAUGCAUAAAUGACUGACAUCUCGCUUCACACUAUAAAUAUUCUUUAGUUCAUCUAUUCAUUUUUAUAAUUAAUUAUGUAUGGCGUUAGGGAUUUCAACGUCCAGGAAACUGAGAUGCCUCUAUACUUUUCUGUCUACAAUUUGCUCCUGUUUCUUCCAUCUCUCUCAGUCAUGGUUAAUGUAGUGCUUUACAAUUGUAUGACAAUUUUAAACAGAUCUUUUGUCCUCCCUUUCCUGCCUAUGCACCACUGUAACUGCACUCAGCUGCUUUAACUCAUAUCUUGUUGAGGUCCUUUAAGGUAUCCUGAAGAGGAGAAGCAUCCAGAUGACAUCAGCUGACCACUGGGCUUCCUCAUGGAUCAGUUCUCAUUCCUCUCCUCUUCCUCAUAUACACUACUUCUCUCUGGGUCUAAUCAUUAAGACAUUUUAUCCUUGCCAUCUGGAGGAGUGGACCAACAACGUCCAUCUGAUAAGAUCACAAUAACCAUCCGGAAACUUCUGAAAACAUAUUCACUUAACUAACCCCUAACUCUCCAUUGUCUAACUUUGUUUAAUAAAAAUAUCUUUGAUGUACUAAAGGGAUAUAUGUAAAUUAAAAUUGAGGCAAUAUAAGUACAAGUAAAAAGAUUGAAGUUUGCAUAUCACAAAUCUAUUUACAGACAAUAGUUUUGUUUAUGGCUCUUAACAUGUUAGAUUUAUUGAUGUGCAUUCAUAAACUUUCUGUCACUGUUUGUGUUGUUCAGGUGUGUUUGGUGCUGAAGUGAAGUCAGUGUCAGUGAUGGAGGGAGAUUCUGUUACUCUAUACACUGAUAUUUUCAAACAAAAAGAUGAUAUGGUCGUGUGGUCUUAUGGACCUGAAAACACUUUUGUUGGAAGAAUCAAUGGAAAGGCUGGAAGCAUCAUGUUAUCAGAAAAUGAGAAAUUCAAAGACAGAGUAAAGCUUAAUGAUCAGACUGGAGAUCUCACCAUCACAGAUGUCACACCUGAACACACUGGAGAUUAUACAUGCAAGAUCAGCAGAAACAAUAAAGUAUCAUACAAGAAAAUCAAUGUUAUGGUUAAUGAUGAAGUGAAGUCAGUGUCAGUGAUUAAUGGUAUACCUGUUACUCUACACACUGAUAUUGUCAAACAGAAAGAUGAUAUGGUCGUGUGGUCUUAUGGACCUGAAAACACUUUUGUUGGAAGAAUCAAUGGAAAGGCUGGAAGCAUCAUGUUAUCAGAAAAUGAGAAAUUCAAAGACAGAGUAAAGCUUAAUGAUCAGACUGGAGAUCUCACCAUCACAGACAUCAGAAGCACAGACUCUGGAGUUUAUACAUGCAAGAUCAGCAGAAACAAUAAAGUCUCAUACAAGAAAUUCAAUGUUAGGGUCAAUGGUGUGUCCAUGGAUGAAGUGAAGUCAGUGGUGGAAGGAGAUUCUGUUACUCUACACACUAAUAUUACUGAAAUACAGACAGAUGAUCGGAUCAUGUGGUAUUAUGGAACUGAAAACACUUUGGUUGCAAGAAUCAAUGGAAACGCUGGAAGCAUCAUGUUAUCUGAUGAUGGGAGAUUCAGAGACAGAGUGAAGCUGAAUCAUCAGAAUGGAGAUCUCAUCAUCACAAACAUCAGAACCACAGACUAUGGAUUUUAUAAUCUAAAGAUACGCAGUGACAAUAAGAUCGCAUACAAGAAGUUCAACAUCACUGUCACUGCUUAUCAGCCUGUAACAAAGAUUUUCAUCAGAGACCAAGCUCAUCUCAACAUCGAUGAUGUCUGUCAGACGUGUUCAGAUUCUCCUGUCCUGCGGGUCGCUGUAAUUUCAGGUGUAUUAACUGUUAUGCUCUGUGUGAUCAGCAUCAUUGUCAUCUGUGUCUACAUACAGAAAAGUAAGAAAGCACAUUUCUUUACAACAUUACAUGCCAAAAUAAUGCGUAUGGAUGAAGAAAAACGCAUAAAACCGGGCACUACUUUUAAAGAUCCUGAAAACUCAAGCUUUCUAAAUUUCCAGCAACAUGGAACUGUUCCUGGUACACUCUUAACACUGUAAGCCCAGACAUGUAAUCAGGGGCGCAACUAACGGGGGAAAGUUAGAACGAUUCUAGGCUCACGCAAUUUUGGGGCCCCCAAAGAAAAUUUUUAUUAGUAACACUAAUAGUAGUACUGUUAUUGACAUUCAAAAUGUAUUUAACAAAGAAUUUGCAACAAAACAAAAUUGUGGCUUGUAUCCGCAUUUCCCGCAAAAUGCAUUUUCCCCCUUUUGCUGAAUGGUUUCGUCCAGUCUUGCAUAGCCCCAAGAUGAGAGGCACGUUGAUUAUUAUAUCAAGAUUAAGACUUGGUCAUUCAGGACUUAAUUCAACAAUGCAUGUAAUAGGAAAACAUCCUACAGGACUGUGUGAUUGGUGUGGAAUUAGAGAAACAGUGGAACAUGUACUUAUUAAAUGCAAUAGAUAUUCAGAGGAAAGGGCUAAACUAAUAGAAGAAUUUAAGAAGAAAUGUGUUCAACAACUAACACUAAAGAAGCUUCUGGAUCUAGAGGAAGGGGAUAGUUUAUUAAUUUAAUUCCUAAAUAGAACUAAUUUAAUAAAUAGAAUAUAAAUAGAAUAUAGAUAUAAUUAUAAAUAGAAUAUAGAUAUAAUUAUUACUAUUAUUAUUAUUAUUAUGAUUGUUAUUAUUAUUAUUAUUACUAUUACUAUUAUUUUUAUUAUUAAUCCUCUCUGGAUUGUGACGGACUUGAGCUGUAGAUGGAGGAGCUGGAACAUUGAAAGCAUGAGUCCUGAAUGGUCUGGGGGAUGGAUUAUAGUGUCUCUGAUCCAUUACCCACAGUAGAUGGGUAAUGCUCUUUUAAGAAUGCGAGCCGCCAAUAAGCUCAAAGAAGAAGAAGAAGAAGCGGCAGGUGAGGCACGUGGUGCGUGGUCUGGACAUCAGAAACUAAAAGAGAGUGCAGAGAGAGAGAGAGAGAGAGAGAGAGAGAGAAAUGUGCUGACAAUUACCCAAAUUGAUUAAAGAAAUGGGUAACACUUUACAAUAAGGUUCAUUAGUUAAUAUUAGUUAAUGUAUUAACUAACAUGAACAAACCAUGAGCAAUACAUUUGUUACAGUAUUUAUUAAUCUUUGUUAACGUUAGUUAAUAUAAAUAAAGCUUUAUUUGCUUGUUCAUGUUAGUUCAAAGUGCAUUAACUAACAUUAACAAAAAUUUUAUAAAAGUAUUAGUAAUUGUUGAAAUUAACAUUAACAAAGAUGAAUAAAUGCUGUAUAAGUGCAGUUGAUUAUUAGUUCACAUUAAUUAAUGUAGUUAACUAAUGUUAACUAAUGAACCUUAUUGUAAAGUGUUACCAAGAAAUGUUACUUAACAUUAUAUAUAAUUAUGUAUGUUGCUCAAAAAAAUUAAAAUGGUUAAAUGCUAAAAGUAGUUGAUCAGAUAGAAAGAGCUUGAAAAAAGCUUUUAAAUGAGACCAAGAUCAUAUUAUGGGUUCAAGAAUAACAAAAUACUGGUAAUUUGAAACUCGAAAAUCAUCACCUUAUUUUGGCCCAUGUUUUCCAUUAAAAUUCUAGAAAAUGUGUGACUGAAUCAUGAAAAUUAUAAAUUUUUUGCUAUAACUUUUUACAUUUUUGAGAUAUUGACCUGAAUCUUUCAGGAUAAGCUGUUUGCCAGAUCCUCUAUAUACUACUUCUGAAAAAUCAGAUAUAUAAAAAAACAAACCACUAAUUACAACAAAUAACACUACUUAUUCAGAAUAUCACUAAUAACCCCAAGAUUGGCUCCAAGAUCUCAUUUGUUUUUAACCAAAGGGUUUUGAAUCUAAACUCCUUUACAAGUUUUAGAUUAAAAACAAAAUAUUCAAUUCAUUACUAUUGUUUUGUCUGACUUCAAGCAUUUAUUUCACUAUGAUUUCAAUUACUGACAUGAACUUACUCAGUUAAUAUUAAGUAUAUCAAAGUUUAUAUUUUCACAAAAUUUUCUUUACAUUAUAAUUGUAUGUAUAAAACAGUAAACAAAUGGGUUAAGGUUCAUACAAAUCGUAUCAUGUAUGUUUAAUCUUUGUUUAAGAAUAUUGCAUUUUCUCUGAAUAUUUGAUUACUGUAAUGUAUUUUUCUAUAAAAUUUACAUUUGCAUAAUAAAUCAUGAUCUUAUAGCUAC